CGCCGCCUGCGCCGCCGCCGCUGCUGUCGCCGGGGCGCGGCCGCAAGGGGAGGCGAGGGGGCCGCGCCGGGCCCGGAGCCGAGGCGGGGCCGGGCCGCCCCCGCCGCGCCUGCCCGCUCGCCCGCCCGAGAUGCGGCGCUGAGGCCCAGCAUGGCCGGCCCGGACCCCACCUUCCCGCUGCACCGGCUCGUCUGGGCGAACCGGCACCGCGAACUGGAGGCCGCGCUGCACAGCCGCCAGCACGACAUCGAGCAGGAGGACCCCCGGGGGCGCACCCCCCUGGAGCUGGCCGUGUCCCUGGGGAACUUGGAGUCCGUGAGAGUCCUUCUCCGACACAACGCCAACGUGGGCAAAGAGAGCCGGCAGGGCUGGGCAGUCCUGCAGGAGGCGGUGAGCACUGGCGACCCCGAGAUAGUGCAGCUGGUCCUCCAGUAUCGGAAUUUCCAGAGGGCCACGCAGAGGCUGGCCGGCAUCCCGGAACUGCUCAGCAAACUGCGGCAGGCUCCCGAUUUCUACGUGGAGAUGAAGUGGGAGUUCACCAGCUGGGUGCCCCUCGUGUCCAAGAUGUGCCCGAGUGACGUGUACCGCGUGUGGAAGCGGGGCGAGAGCCUGCGGGUGGACACCAGCCUCCUGGGCUUCGAGCGCAUGGCCUGGCAGCGUGGCCGGAGGAGCUUCGUCUUCAGGGGCCAGGAAGCGGGAGCCCUGGUGAUGGAAGUGGACCACGACCGGCAGGUGGUGCACACGGAGGUGCUGGGGCUCACGCUGCAGGAGCCUGAAGCGCUGCUGGCUGCCAUGCGGCCCAGCAUGGAGCACGUGGCCAGCCGCCUCACCUCUCCUAUUGUCUCCACCCACCUGGACACGCGGAAUGUGGCCUUUGAGAGGUUCAAGGCAACGCUGUGGCUGAGCGAGGAGCACCCGCUGUCCCUGGGCGACCAGGUGACGCCCAUCAUCGACCUCAUGGCUAUCAGCAACGCCCACUUCGCCAAGCUGCGCGACUUCAUCACGCUGCGCCUCCCACCUGGCUUCCCUGUCAAGAUCGAGAUUCCCCUCUUCCACGUGCUCAACGCCCGCAUCACCUUUAGCAACCUGUGCGGCUGUGACGAGCCGCUGAGCUCGGUGUGGGUGCCGGCCCCCAGCCCCUCCGCCGCCGCCUCGGCCACAGGGAGCCCCUUCCCGUGCGAGGUGGACCCCAGCGUGUUUGAGGUGCCCGCGGGGUACAGCGUGCUGGGCGCCGAGCGCAGCGAGCCUCCCCGUGACGAGGACGACCACCUGCUGCAGUUUGCCAUCCAGCAGAGCCUGCUCGAGGCAGGCACGGAGGCCGAGCAGGUCACUGUCUGGGAGGCACUGACCAACGCACGGCCGGGCACCCACCCCCUGCCCCAGGCCACGGUCUACGAGGAGCAGCUCCAGCUGGAGCGGGCCCUCCAGGAAAGCCUGCGGCUGUCCACAGAGCCCUGGGGCCCAGGAUCCCCCCAGAGGACGCCCCCAGCCCCGGCCCCCCCAAGCUUUGAGGAGCAGCUUCGCCUGGCCCUGGAGCUGUCCUCGCGCGAGCAGGAGGAGCGGCAGCGGCAGGGGCAGCAGGAGGAGGACGACCUGCAGCGGGUCUUGCAGCUGUCGCUCACCGAGCACUGAGCCGCAGCCCCCCGGGGUCGCCUGCCUUUGUAACCUGUUUAUUUAUAAACUGCCUGGCACCCCGGGGGUGGGCCCAGCCGCGAGCAGAGACAGAAAUAAAGAGACUGUGGGCAGCA